UGUUCAAGUGCGCAGCUCUUAGUCGCAAGUCGACUAAGGUUUAUCAGUCACUCGCCGAGGUUCCCUGGGUCAUGGUGCCAGCCUGACUGAGAAGAGGACGCUCCCGGGAGACGAAUGAGGAACCACCUCCUCCUACUAUUCAAGUACAGGGGCCUGGUCCGCAAAGGGAAGAAAAGCAAAAGACGAAAAUGGCUAAAUUCGUGAUCCGCCCAGCCACUGCCGCCGACUGCAGUGACAUACUGCGGCUGAUCAAGGUAGCGGAGAGCCCGAGCUCCUCCCGUGGCGUAGGGUGGAGAUGGUUCCGUUUCCCGGGGUGGGGUGAUUCGCGUCUCGAGGUCUGGGCCGGUGUGAGAGCCCAGCCGGUUCCCCUUUCUGCGCCCAUCCCAGGCCCGGCCGCUACCCCGCCCCGCCCGCCCCAUUCCCUUCCAUUGAGCUGGCCGGCCGGAGCCUCAUUUUGUUUUCUGCUUUUCUCUCUCCUAUGUGCAUCCCCCCAGGAGCUGGCUAAAUAUGAAUACAUGGAAGAACAAGUAAUCUUAACUGAAAAAGGUAAUUCAACAGUGGCGGGGCGGGGGACAAGCGUUCGGUGCCUGUCACCUUCGCCGAGGCCAUUACCGUCCCUGUUCCCCCUUCUUGCAGAUCUGCUAGAAGAUGGUUUUGGAGAGCACCCCUUUUACCACUGCCUGGUUGCAGAAGUGCCCAAAGAGCACUGGACUCCGGAAGGACACAGCAUUGUUGGUUUUGCCAUGUACUAUUUUACCUAUGACCCGUGGAUUGGCAAGUUACUGUAUCUUGAGGACUUCUUCGUGAUGAGUGAUUAUAGAGGCUUUGGCAUAGGAUCAGAAAUUCUGAAGAAUCUAAGCCGGGUUGCGAUGAAGUGUCGCUGCAGCAGCAUGCACUUCUUGGUAGCAGAAUGGAAUGAACCAUCCAUCAACUUCUACAAAAGAAGAGGUGCUUCUGAUCUGUCCAGUGAAGAGGGUUGGAGACUGUUCAAGAUCGACAAGCAGUACUUGCUAAAAAUGGCAACAGAGGAGUGAGGAGUGCUGGUGUAGAUGACAACCUCCAUUCUAUUUUAGAAUAAAUUCCCAACUUAUCUUGCUUUCUAUGCUGUUUGUAGUGAAAUAAUAGAAUGAGCACCCAUUCCAAAGCUUUAUUACCAGUGGCGUUGUUGCAUGUUUGAAAUGAGGUCUGUUUUAAAGUGGCAAUCUCAGAUGCAGUUUGGAGAGUCAGAUAUUUCUCCUUGAAUAUCUUUCGAUAAACAACAAGGUGGUGUGAUCUUAAUAUAUUUGAAAAAAAACUUCAUUCUCGUGAGUCAUUUAAAUGUGUACAAUGUACACACUGGUACUUAGAGUUUCUGUUUUGAUUCUUUUUUAAUAAACUACUCUUUGAUUUAA